UAUAUAUUAUGUUACACCAUUCAUUGCAGCGUUUGCAGCAUUUUUUGAAUCGAAUCGUUAGAAAAGUAAACAGAAAUGCUCAUCAAUUUGAAAAAGUCAUUCAGAAGCACUUUCAUUUAUUGUUUUUUAUUCAAAAAAUGAACGAAACUGGACAGAUUCUUUUUCCCAUUUGUUAUGGCUUUUGUAUAUGUUUUACUUGCUUUUCUUUCUUCAUUGCAAUCAUGUUUGAUUUGGAGACAAACAUUAAGAUAUUUUGGGUAAUCUUGUCCAUUAUAUCGUUAUGUAUAGUCUUUUUAAGUGCUUAUGGACUAUCCAGAAUUACUGCAGCAAUUAGUUUAUGGUAAUUACUGUGAUUGCAAUGUUCUUUCUAAUGUUGAGUUUCCUCUUAUCUACAAGUUGAAGUGUUUCUUUUGUGUCCUAGAUCUUGAACUUCAUGAAAAGAUUUGCGAGAUUUCCAAUUGGUCUGAAUUUCAGAGGAUUCUUUUUCAUCAAAAAAACAUUCGUUAUAAGGGUAAUCAGUGCAAUUUACUCACUGCUGAAUUCACUGAUUGAAUUAGAAAGAUCGACAAAUAUGAAGAAAUGCAGACACGUGUUAAGUAAAAAUGGAAAUUUUUCUGAAAUUCACAGAGAAAUUUACUCCAAUAGAACAUACUGAUAUUUUGAAAAAA